AUGAUUUUACUUCAAUAUCAGUUGCAAUUGAACUUUAUCUGAAUGAGUUAGCACUGUGCUAAUUUAAAGUGCAAUUGCUACAAUCAUGAAAGAUACAUCGCAAAUUCUGUCAAAAUUGCGAGAGCUUAUGCACCUUAAAUUGGUGUCUGACGCCAGUAAGCUUUCCGCCUAUAUUGUACCAUCGGAUGAUGCCCAUCAAAGCGAGUACCAAUGUCAACAUGACGGUAGGCGAGCAUUUAUCAGUGGAUUUGAUGGAUCCGCCGGAACAGCUGUUAUAACCACAGAUAAGGCACUACUGUGGACUGACGGGCGAUAUUAUCAACAGGCUGAAAAACAGCUGGACUCGAAUUGGACUUUAAUGAGAGAUGGGUUGGCAAAUACCCCAACUGUUGGUGCAUGGCUUGCCAAAAAUCUCCCAAAGGGUAGUGCAGUAGGAGUGGAUCCAAGGUUAUUUUCUUAUCGUCUAUGGAAGCCUAUUGAAAAGGAGUUAGCAGAAGCUGAAUGCCGCUUGGUUCCUGUAGAACAAAAUUUAAUUGACGAGAUAUGGGGUGACAAUCAACCAUCACAAACAUCGAACACUAUCAUAACACUAAAACAAAAAUUUGCUGGAGUAACUAUUGCCAAGAAAUGGGAAAAUAUUCGACAGCAGUUGGAAGAGAAAAAUGCGGUUGCCUUAGUUGUCAGUGCACUGGAUGAAAUUGCGUGGUUUUUAAAUUUGCGCGGGUCUGAUAUAGACUUCAAUCCAGUUUUUUUUUCGUACUUGAUUAUAACUUAUGAUGAUCUGCUUUUGUUUGUUGACUCACAAAAACUGCCCGGAGAUUUUUCCCAGCAUCAGUCUGAAAAUAAUGUUAACAUAACAAUUCUACCAUAUAUUGAUAUUGGCCAGGAACUGUGUCAGAUCGUUUCCAAUAAGAAUGGAAAAAUCUGGAUUUCUCCAAGUAGCAGCUAUUACUUAACUGCUCUAGUUCCGAAGUCUAAACGAUUGCAACGGAUUACACCAAUUGCUGAGUCUAAGGCGAUUAAGAACAAUGUAGAGAUAGAGGGUUUCAUAAACAGCCACAUUCGCGAUGGUGUUGCACUUUGCCAGUACUUCGCUUGGCUUGAAAACGCAAUACAAACCGGCGAAAAAGUAGAUGAAUUGUCAGGAGCCGAUAAAUUAGAAUCACUACGAUGUACAAAGGAAUUUUAUAUGGGGCUGAGCUUUAAUACAAUAAGUUCAUCCGGUCCUAAUGGCUCAGUUAUUCAUUAUCGACCUACGAAGGAAACAAAUCGCUUAAUUAAUGAUAAAGAGAUAUACCUAUGCGACUCGGGUGCCCAAUAUUUAGAUGGCACUACAGAUGUCACUAGAACGUUCCACUUCGGUAAUCCAACCGACUUUCAAAAAGAAGCUUAUACACGUGUUCUAAAAGGUCAAUUAACAAUGGGAUCGACAAUUUUUCCAGCAAAAGUCAAGGGACAAGUGCUAGAUACCAUUGCAAGAAAAGCCCUUUGGGAUAUAGGCUUAGAUUAUGGCCAUGGUACUGGUCACGGAGUUGGACAUUUCCUUAAUGUACAUGAAGGACCAAUGGGUGUGGGAAUUCGUGUAAUGCCUGAUGACCCUGGUCUACAAGAAAACAUGUUUAUUUCAAAUGAGCCUGGAUUUUACCAAGACGGAGAGUUUGGUAUACGCAUUGAGGAUAUUGUCCAAAUUGUGCCAGCGCAAUCAAAGUACAACUUUGCUAACCGAGGCGCACUUACUUUUAAGACAAUUACAAUGUGCCCAAAGCAAACGAAGAUGAUUGUUAGAGAUCUAUUAACGGCCCUUGAGAUUGAUUUGCUAAAUGGAUACCAUCAGUUAGUUUGGAAUACUCUUUCUCCAAUAUUAGCUCAAGAAGGUGAUUCGUUUACUUUAUCCUGGCUGAAAAAAGAAACUCAGCCGAUAUAAUUUAGAUUUGUUUAAUAAUAUCCGUUGAAGUAUAUGUUUUCAAUACUGUAUUAUAACAUUAUAUUCAUUAUUAUUUUGCCCCAAUAAAAAGUUAAAUUGAAA